AUGUCAACGGAAGAACCUGAAGCGUAGGGAUGUGAAUUAUUAGGAGGGUUUGGAAUAUUAGUAUAAUCUAUUCUGGGAUUCCUUUGCUUUUUAGUACUUGUCUGUAAUGAAUAAAUUUUAAUUUUAUAGUCAAGAGACAUAUUGAGAAACCUAAAAGAGUUUGGAAAAUAUUUUUAAUGGUAAUUUUAGAAUAUAUAAAUAGGAUACAGCUAAAUAGUUUGUUAGUGCAUUUGUUCAGCAUUUCUUAAAUAUUGGAUUAGCUAUAUUGUUGAGUUCUGCAGAUAGUGGAGAUUAAUGUUAAUGGUAUAUAUGCUUUUGAUUUAGGUAUUUUAUUACUUAUAUGUUGGAUUGUACUAUAGGCAUGUUAAUUAAUUGUCUAUUGAUCACUUUAUUUGAAGCACUAUUUCAAAAGUUGGGCUAGACGGUAUGCAUUUGAUUAAUUCUUUUAGCAAUUUCAAACUGGCAAUUACUAUACUAUAACAUAUCCUCAAAUUACAACUUAUUCUCUAAGUUCUGAGGAUUAGUCUCAAGCUAAAAAAGCCAAACCAAAAGUUGAGGUUGCAUAUGGAGUGUAUGUAUUUUAAUUAACAUUGUGGAUUUUAAUCGUUGUUGUAGUAAGUUAUUACUCAAUAAACAAGAGCAAAGUUAUUCUCUACUUCUUCUAAUUACUCUUGGGAGAAUAUUUAUUGAUAGCAGUAUCAUGGAUGUUUCAACCUAUAAAUUAAUAUCCAGAACUUGAACUUGUAAUUGUACUAGUCAUCAUACCUUUGAUAUUUAAUGCUCUUUGCGUAUCAAAACAGGUUAUUAUAGUUUUGGGUACAAGAUUCAUUUCUCAAGAAAAGCAAAUUUAAGAAAAAGGAAAAAACAGCAGUCUUAGAUGCAUUAUAUGAGAAAACUGAUUAGCCUGUUGAAGUGGAAAUUAUCGAUGGAGAUGAGAGCUGUAGACCAUCCAUAGUAGGCAUUGAAUUACAACCAUAAUAGAAAAAUAAUGAUUUAGUAAUCACAGAAACUAAAUCUGAUAUUGAAAUAAGUGAUUAAUAAACUAAUUCAUCAAAUGAUAUUUGA